UUAAGGAGGAAGACUUGGCUGACUUGCACAGGUCGGACUUAUUCGUGCCUGCUUAAUAUUCUAGGAAGCCCCUCUCCUCCUUCCUUCCUUCCUUCCUUCCUCCGUGCUUGGGCUUUGCUUAAAGUUCGAACCAUUCUCUCUCUUCUACUUCUGUUCAUGUCCAUUUGCUUCAAUCUCCAACCGUGAUGAUGAUAUUCACAGUUGCAAGUGCGUUGGUGUAUGUGAAGAAGAGGAGCAUUUAUGAAUUCAUUCCAGAGAGUGUGAAGAAGGUGUGGACUGAAUGGGAGCUGCGAGGGCUGAUUCUACUCAGCCUCACCUUGCAGAUACUACUGAUACUGCUAGGCAAACGCCGAAAGUAUAUCGCCAGGACUUGGAUCAGAUUCACCCUCUGGUCUGCCUACUUAACCGCUGAUUGGGUGGCAACCGUCGCGCUCGGUGUUAUCUCCUCCAUUGCCAGCCGCCACAACGACAACAGCAAUUACUUCAAUACUCAUCCUGACUGCCGCCGCUGCAAUAAUGCUUCAAAUCCAGCAGCAGUUGACAGAGAGCUGAUGUCCUUCUGGGCACCCUUUCUUCUCCUCCACCUCGGCGGUCCCGACACCAUCACCGCCUACUCCAUGGAGGAUAACGAGCUCUGGUUGAGGCACUUGCUCGGACUGGCGGUUCAGACCGGAGUCGCAGUUUACAUCUUCCUCACGUCCUUGCCCGGAGAUUCAUGGCUUCCGUUAAUGAGCUUACCUAUGUUUGUGGCCGGUCUAAUUAAGUACGGAGAACGGACUUGGGCACUGAGGGCGGCAAACACCGAGAGACUCCGAGAAUCGCUGCUCACUCACCCGGAUCCCGGCCCCAAUUAUGCAAAAUUCAUGGAGGAAUUCACUCUGAAGAAAGCUGAGGGGUUCCAUGUGAAAGCAGCUGAGGUUAUGGAAGAAGCCACUCAUCAUUCCCCCAGUACUAAUACAGGCCGUGAAUCAGUAGUGGUGCUCAAAGCAUAUGAUCUGUUCCAGACAUUUAGACGCCUCUUCGUAGAUCUCAUUCUCAGCUUUCAGGACAGAGACAGCAGCUUAUCUUUCUUCCUCGAAAGCAAUUGGAAAACUGCUUUCAAUGUGAUUGAGGUCGAGCUUGGAUUCGCCUUCGAUGUUUUUUACACCAAGGCAGCUGUGGUUUACACUCCCCGAGGUGGCCUGCUUCGCUUGACAAGUUUCUCUUCCACUUUUGUUGUGUUGGUUGCGUUUGUCUUCCUAUGCAACACGCACAAGGACCGUUACCACCUGAUCGAUCUCAUUAUCACUUUCCUACUGCUGGUUGUGGCAAUUCUUCUGGAAAUGUAUGCUGUCUUUGUUAUGAUCCGCUCGAAUUGGACAGAUCAUUGGCUGAGUAAAAACAAGAGAACUCGGGACUUUCUCUGGCUGCCUUGUCUGCAAAAACCCGAGAAACAGUGGUGGUCUAAUUCCAUGGCACAGUACAAUUUACUAAGCGUUUGCCUCCGGGAUAAGCCAGCAAUGUGCCCCAAGAUCCAAAGGCUACUUCGGAUUGAUGAAUUUCGAGAGAAACACCGGUACAAGACCUAUAACGAUGUGUCCCCGAAGCUGAAAGAACUUAUCUUCAAUCAUUUUAAGAAGUUUAUGAGAAAAGAGGAUCCGUCGGCUUUAUGUAAACACAGAGGUAGUUUUGUUCUCAAGGAAUACGAGGAUUGUACCGAAAUUGAGUGGAGUACCAAGGUAGAUUUCGACGAAAGCAUCCUUAUCUGGCACAUUGCUACGGAUUUGUGCUAUUACAGGGAAAUGGAGGAUGGUCAUGGUGGUGGUGGCGAAGACAAUACAGAAAGUAAUAAAGAGGAGAGCAUACAAAUUUCUGACUACAUGUUAUACCUACUGGUAAUGUGUCCAGCUUUGUUACCAAUAGGAAUUGGGAUGAUCAGGUUUCAAGACACUUGUGCCGAAGCCAGGGAAUUCUUUGAAGAAAGAAGUCACAUAUCUAUAAUUGGUAAUGAAUUAGAAUUUAAAGCCAAUGCUUGCAAGAAGUUGCUUUAUGUGAACACUGAAGUAUUGCCGAUUAAAGUGAAGGGGGACAGGAGCAAAUCUGUGUUGUUCGAUGCAUGCAGGCUUGCAAAGUCUUUGCGAGACAAAAAGGGGGGGAAAUGGGAAAUUGUGAGUCAUGUUUGGGUGGAGAUGCUAGCUUAUGCUGCUACUCGCUGCAGGGGGCGUCAACAUGCUCAGCAGCUCCGAAAAGGAGGAGAACUUCUCACUCACGUCUGGCUUCUCAUGGCACAUAUGGGUAUCACUGAACAGUUCCAAAUAAAAGGCCAUGCCAGAGCCAAGUUGAUUGUGAAGUAGGAACCAUGGCACAUUAUAUAGUAGUGUAGGUUACAUUAAGUAUGAAUGUAAUUCACACAUAUUUUAAAUUA